UGAAACCUUGAUCCUAUUUAAGAACAACAGCGUUUGCAGGGGAGAGAGACUUUGAGUGACUGGGCGAGGAAAAAUGAGUUCUAGCUAUUCGAUGAAAGCAGUUCCUAUUUUUCUCUUCUUCGUUCUUGCUUCGGCAUUAGUUUAUGCGAAGAAAACUGAUGAUGUAACGGAGCUGCAGAUUGGCGUGAAGCAUAAACCAACAUCAUGUGAUGUUCAGGCUCACAAAGGCGAUAGAGUCAAAGUACACUAUCGGGGAAAACUCACUGAUGGAACUGUUUUCGAUUCUAGCUUUGAAAGAAAUAAUCCGAUUGAAUUUGAGCUUGGUGGUGGUCAAGUGAUCAAAGGGUGGGACCAAGGAUUAUUGGGAAUGUGUCUGGGGGAGAAGCGGAAGCUGAAAAUACCAGCAAAACUUGGCUAUGGAGAGCAGGGUUCCCCACCCACUAUUCCAGGUGGGGCAACACUUAUAUUUGACACUGAGCUUGUGGGAGUGAACGAGAAAAGUUUAAGCGAAGAAAAAUCAAACUCCGAACUGUAGACAAAUCAAAAGAACCGGAAAACUAGACUUUUGACUAUCCCUCUUAGCUUAAGUUUUGUUCCUCAAUAAUGCAUGCUUUCAUCACCAAGGUUUCAGUGUUUAAUUCUCGUGCUAAUUUAGAAAGAUUUAGCUGGUGUACCCCUAUCAUUUGAAUACAUCUCUAUCUGGUAUUUAUUAACUAUGAAUAUUUCUUGAUAAGUUUCGUAGU